UGUUUGUCGAGGGAGCAGAACUAGUUAAUCUGUUGUGAUUGUGACUUACCUUUAUGACUUAAGAGUUCUUAAUUCAAGAAAGUAGACUUGAAUUGUUUGAAUUCAACAGAGCAAUUUGAAAAUCAGGUCAUAGGUUGAACGUUUCACAAGCAAUUGGACACUUACUUAAUUCAAUACUUAUGUCACCUGCAUUUAAAUAACAUCAUCAUACUUUAUUGUCUGGCAACAAAGAAUAUCCAAGAAACAAAAUGUCUAAUUUCGGGAAAAAUCAACUGGCCGACUCUUCGCAGAUACCCGUUGCCAAAAAUGCCAGUAGUGACGUACUGAUGCCAAAACAAGCUUUAUUUUCUGCCCAAAUCUGCCAGUGGCCAGACAUAGUGCAAUGGUGCUGCAAUAGCGAUCAGUCGGAAUCUUCAAGACUGUCAGCAUGUACCAAAUCCUCCCAAUGUUCGGACCCCGAGUGCGUUUUCACGGAACCCUGUGCAAUUUUGACGUACUUUAUGGCGCCUUUGAUUGUUGCAUUUGCUCUCUGUUUAGGUGCCUCAAUUCUAGUUAUGACGCCGUUUAAGUACCAGCUUCGCAUGCGAUGGAAAAUUGUGCUUAUCUCGACGCUCCUGGUUUGUUUUGCGGCUUCUUUUUCCAAUCUGGCCUUCUUUGUAUCAACGGUGGGAGUGAAAGCUCCGCAUGUUAUUGCAUUAUACUUUGCAGCAUUAUCGCUUUCGUUUCUCUUGCUUGUUUUGAAGUGUUACAAGCGUAAGCUGCAGAUUCGAAACUACCUUGGAUUUGGUUUUGAUUUGGGAGUUCUAGUAAUUUAUGGUGCAAUAAUUGGGCUGCAGUUAUACAUUACAAUUCAGUUUCCGAAUUAUUACUUUAGUACCUUUCUUACUAGCGUACUGAUUCAUUCUUUUGUCUUUGUCAUUCUCUUGUUGGCGCUCGUAGCUCAAGUUGUGGCAGCUAUUGGUCGUCGCGGAUUCACGGAUCUGAAUGAAGAGUCGUACAUAACGAAUGGGUGCGACCUUGGAAUCGGAGAGGACAGGGUGGGGGUGUUUUCAUACACCACAAUCGGCUGGAUAACUCCUUUGAUGAACAGGGGGUGGUUUGGGUAUCUUAACAGCGUAGACGAUACGUUUUUUCUUCCAAGAGACAUAGAUAUACCGACUGUAGCGAACAAACUUGAAGCUCAUUUGCAAAGGGAACUUGAAAGUAGCCGCGAGUUCAUAGAAGCCGAAAUUGAAGAGACAUAUGGCGAUGUAAUUGUAAAUGAGAAGGAUUACGAUCCAGAAGUAGACGGCGAUGAUAAGAUUGUGAUAGUGGAACCACCUUCCAGAGGACUCUGCUGUUCGGGACUGAAACGUCCGUCAAAGUUCUCACUAAUGAAAGUUUUCUUCCAAGUGUUCGGCUGGUCGAUUGUGCCUCAAUUUUUCUUCAGAAUCGCAAGCGAUGCGUGUAGUUUAUGCAGUCCAGUCUUCUUGAAUCUGUUCAUAACCUACUUAUCGGAUGAGAGCCAGGAGGCGAGUUUCAACGUGGGAGCGAGCUAUGGACUGGCCAUGAUUGGGUUGACCAUUUUGGGUACUAUUUUUGAGCAGAUGUACUUCUAUCGCAGCUGGAAAGUAACUUUCAGAGCUAGAGGAUCUAUGAUGGUCAAUAUAUAUCGAAAACUAUUGAAGGUCAACCAGUGCAAACUGUCGAAGUUCUCUUCAGGCGAAAUCGUGAAUUUCAUGAGUCGAGACGCCUUCAACAUUUCAUACAUACCAUUAUACAGCCAUCAGUUCUUCGCAAUGCCUGUGAACGUAAUAGCAGUUCUGGUGCUUCUCUACUGGCAAGUUGGCAUCUCAUUUUUAGCUGGAGUGUUUCUAUGUCUGCUCUGUGUACCUUUCAACCAGUGGCUCUCUGGUCGAAUAAUCAAGUACGAUGUGAAGUACUACGAACAUAGAGAUGAAAGAGUUAAAGUUGUCACAGAACUCCUGAAUGGAAUUCGAACUGUGAAACUAGCAGCACUGGAAGAGUUCUUUGCCCGAAAAAUAGCCACGAUCAGAAACAAAGAGAUCUUCAACAUCCGACGUCUGAAGUUCCUCGACGCAUUUUGUGUCUACAUCUGGGCAGCGCUUCCUGUGUUGCUUGGAGUAGCCAUAUUCACAUCUUACGCAAGUCUUGGUCAUACUGUUUCGGCUGCUACUGUUUUCACGGUGUUGUGCUAUGUGAAUCUUCUUAUUGGACCUUUGAAUAGCUUUCCGUGGAUUCUGAACACUUUGAUCGAAGCUUAUGUUUCGUUCAAACGUCUUAACAACUAUUUUGCUCUCAAAAAUUUUGACGCCGAUAAGUUCUACUCAGAAAGUGGCGAUUUGACACCUUCGCAGUUUGACGAAGACUCUGAACAUUCGGAUACGACUCCCACCGCUGAAAAUGGAGACAGGAGAAAUGCAGUUCGAAUGCGCAACGCCGUCUUCUCCUACGGUCGCAAAAGCGAAGAAGUUCAGAACGUUAAAUCGGUGGUUGUCCGUAUGUGUCUUCGAGUUCUAUGUAUGUCGCAUGAAAACGAGAAUCCGGAUCCAGAACCAAACAACAAAGGGUUCCAGAAGCUGCAGAACAUCAAUUUGUCUAUAGAUCACGGUAACUUCAUUGGUGUUUUCGGGAAAGUGGGGGCAGGGAAAACCAGCUUAUUGUCGGCAGUAAUUGGCGAAAUGAAUAAACAGACGGGAAGUGUGAAAACAUCAGAAUCUACGCGAGGUUUCGGACUUGUGCCCCAAGAAUCGUGGCUGCAAACGGGAACCAUUCGAGAUAACAUCCUUCUCGGUUCCUCAUACAACAAAGCAUGGUACGAAAAAGUAAUCAAAGCUUGUGCUUUGAUUGAUGAUCUAAAAUCACUGCCUGAUUCUGAUCUAACUCAAGUUGGCGAGCGUGGAAUUACUUUGAGUGGCGGGCAAAAGGCAAGAGUAAACUUAGCCAGAGCGCUGUACAAAAACUUCGACGUAUAUUUGCUCGAUGAUCCCAUGUCGGCAGUUGACGCACAUGUAGCGGCUCAUAUCUACAAGAAGUGUAUAAGAGGAGUCCUCAGAAACAAGACUGUGAUCUUGUGCACGCAUCAUGUGCAGUAUCUUAGAGAGGCAAAUUCGGUGGUGCACUUGGAAAAUGGACUCAUUGCCGCAGUUGGCCGUCCGGAAUCUGUGUUGCCGGAAUCGGCAGGAGAGUUCAAAGAAGACGAUGAAAUUCACGAGACACAAGCGAAGGCUGAUGGGAAGGACCUAGUUUUGGCAGAUCGUGAGAAUCCAGAUUACCAGGCCGAUGAAUUAGUUGACGAAGAUGAACAAGGUGUCGGAGACGUUGACCUGAAGUUGUACGUCAAGUACUUCGAAGCGUCUGGAAAGUUUCUCUGCGUCAUUACGUUAGUGGCUCUGACUUUGAUGCAGGCCUCCAAAAACUCGUCCGAUUGGUGGCUUACUUUCUGGACUGACAGCUUAAACAAAUCUGCUCCUGUUGCAUCUGGAACUCAGCCUACGACACCAAGUUUGUACAAUGACUACCGAACUAGGUUGAGUCACAACUUCUACCACAUUAACUUCAUACAUGUUGGACACGAGAAUUCGGAGACAUACGAGCACCUGUCGUUGCCGUACAGAAUCCGGUCUGAUGUUGUAGAAAAUAAUGCGGACGACUACAGAUUCUAUCUUUUGAUCUACGGACUGAUCGCUAUGUUCAACAGUUUCUUCUCACUCUUCCGAGCUUUCUCAUUUGCGAUUGCAAAUAUACGUGCAAGUAUCCGAAUUCACGAAACACUCCUGGAUUCGGUGAUGAAGUUCAAAAACUCUAUAUUUUCGGUCACGCCUGUGGGGCGAAUCGUGAACAGAUUCUCCUCAGAUGUGAGUGUGUUGGACGACGAUCUGCCCUUCAUGUUUAACAUCCUCCUAGGCCAAUCAUUCACAGCCAUGGGACUUCUAAUUGUUAUUCUUGUUAGCGUUCCCUACAUUAUCCCUCUCGUUCUGAUAAUGAUGCUGGUCUUUUAUAGACUUCAAAGGUACUACAGGAAAAGCUCACGAGAGCUGAGGCGAAUCGCGACUGCUAAUAUGUCACCGGUAUACCAUCAUUUUAACGAGUCACUUUACGGCGCCUCCGUUAUAAAGGCAAUGCAGAUCAAAAACGUCUUCAUGGACGAAAACGAACGAAGAGUGGUACGAGCGAACCGAGCACGAUUCAACGAACGAGCUGUUCAGAGGUGGUUCGGAAUCCGAGUUCAGUUGGUCUCGGCUGUCAUUCUGAUGUUGUCGAUAGCUGUCGGACUUUUCCAGAAGCAGUUUGCUCCUCACCUAAUCAAAAGUGGACUCCUAGGUCUUUGCUUGAGCUACUGUUUGACGAUUCGCUCUACUCUAACUCAAUUGUUGGCCACAUUUGCAGAGAACGAGAAGAAUAUCAUUUCUGUGGAGAGAAUUGACGACUACAGUGACCCGGAGAAGUUUGAAAAGUUGGAAGGUGAAAUAAAGUCUGAGGAGCUGAGACAUUGGCCAAAUAAAGGUUCUAUCGAGUUCAAAGACGUCACUCUGCGUUAUGGUGACGAUGAAACCAAAGAUCCCGCUCUUCGCAACCUCUGCAUGCGAAUCGAAGGUGGAGAGAAAGUCGGAAUUUGUGGACGAACAGGCGCGGGUAAAUCAUCCAUUCUCUCAGUUUUGUUCCGUUUGGAGCAGAUCUGUGGCGGGAAAAUCUUCAUCGACGGAAUAGAUAUAGGACAGGUCCCAGUGCGAUUUCUGAGAUCGAGACUGUCAAUCAUUCCCCAGGAUCCGUUUCUGUUCACGGGAACUGUCCGGGAAAACUUGGACCAGUCGCCUGAUGACUCAAAAGUGAAUGAUGAUGAGUUAUGGCAAGCACUUGAAAGGGCGCACAUGAGAGAAGCAGUUGAAAAACUUGGAGGUCUGGAUGCGGAAGUUGGGGAAAAGGGACAGUACUUCUCAGCUGGACAGAAACAACUGAUCUGUCUCGCCCGCGCUCUCCUACUGGACACCAAGAUACUCUGUCUGGACGAAGCAACUGCCAACGUCGACACCGAAACAGACUCCAAAAUCCAGCAGACCAUUCGAGAAGAGUUCCAAAACAGGACGGUGAUCACCAUUGCACAUAGAAUCAACACUAUAUUGCACUGCGGAAAGGUGAUUGUGUUGAGUAAAGGUCAAGUUUGCGAAGAAGGUGCUCCCAUGGACUUGAUUGAGCAAGAAGACAGUCAUUUUGCAUUGCUGGUGGCGCAGUCUGGGACUAAUACACACAACACCAGUUGAUUUUUAACUAACCAAGAUAAGCAAUCAGGGUUCAGUGUUGCAACCAAACAUCACAAUUAUAGUCGCUAGAUUAAUGAGGCCACGUGUUAGCUUGUUUCUUAUAUCUUACCAAAUAUAUAGUCUAUACGAUACAAUUUCUAUAGUUGAACUGAAACGGUAUCUUGCUCACUAAACUCUGCCCCCUCCCCCCCUUCCGUGCCUAAGUC